AUGCGUCAUUUUAUUCAUCUGUCUACCCAUCCAUUCGUUCAUUCUUUCAUUCAUUUACCAACGCAUUCGUUUACUUAUCAUUCGUUCUUACCAUCCAUUAUUCGUCCAUCCAUCCAUUCAUUCAUCCAUCCAUUCAUUCAACAACAACGCCAGGAACUGACAGCCAGUGCAAAGUCAGCCAUCAACGUCAACAACUUCAUGGAGGCGCCUGUCACUGACUUGCAGCACCUGGAGAAUACACCAGAUGACAUCAAAACAAGGAUGGAGCUUCUUAUAAUGAGGAUACAACAUGAACUGUGCCGGGCUUUAGAGGCAGAAGAUGAGGAGGGAAAGUUCAGGGUGGAGAAGUGGAGUAGGAAGGAGGGUGGCGGGGGCAUAACUUGUGUACUGCAAGACUCACAGGUCUUUGAGAAAGCAGGCGUAAACAUAUCAGUCAUCAACGGCACCCUCCCGCAGAGCGCCAUUGUUCAAAUGAGGACCAAGUUUAAAGAAAUUGCGGGAAGCAACAGCCUGACGUUUUUUGUGGCCGGCAUCAGUUCAGUUCUACAUCCCAGAAACCCCAAAGUGCCGACACUGCACUUCAACUACCGAUAUUUUGAGGUGUACGACAAAAAUAGCGGCAAGACGAUUUGGUGGUUUGGUGGAGGCACUGAUCUUACCCCGUAUAUCCUCGAUGAGGAGGACGCGAGAAAUUUCCACCUGACCUUGAAGAAUGCGUGUGACCAAUCCGACGCAUCUUACUACCAGACGUUCAAGAAGUGGUGUGACCAGUACUUUUACAUUGCGUAUCGAGGUGAGGCACGUGGUGUGGGCGGGAUUUUCUUCGACGACCUCGAUGGUCCCGACAGAGAACACUGCUUCAAGUUCAUUAAGGAGUGUGCGGAGUCUGUGAUACCCGCCUACAUCCCCAUCGUCAAGAAGCAUAAGAAUGAACCUUACACACAUGCUGACAGGUCUUGGCAGUUGUUGAGGAGGGGCAGGUAUGUGGAGUUCAACCUGGUGUAUGAUCGUGGGACCAAGUUUGGCCUGGUCACCCCUGAGGCCCGGAUUGAAAGCAUCCUCAUGUCACUGCCUCUCUUGGCCAAAUGGGAGUACAUGCACAGUCCCGCUCCUGGCUCCAAGGAAGAAAAGUUGCUGCAAGUCCUGAAAAAUCCGCGGGAAUGGGUUUGA